AUGGUCACAGCUAAUUUUAAGCGAAGCAAAGACGAAGUAAAUUUUUUGAUGGAUUUAGCGAAGACAAGAAUUCUUGAACUUUUAAAACAGAGUGAUUCCCUUGAAAAAGAAGGUAUAUGCAUCCGGAUAAUAGGAAAUCUUGGCAUGCUUCCUACUGAUCUAAGACAAAUGGCCGCGGAGGUUAUGCUUCGGACAAGAAAUUUCAUUAAGUACAUACUUUUAAUCCGUACUAAUUGA